CGUGUGUCGUAUCAUACAUUCUUAUGUGUGCUCUUUUAAUAACUUUCAAAUAAAAUUUUAUAUCACGUGCUUGUGUUUAUUCAUAAAUUUUAAUAGUUUUAGUAAAUUGGUGAUAUACAUUUAAAAAAAAAAAAAAUAAAACAUUAAAAAAAAAUUUGUGACCAGUAAAAAAUAGCCAUUUUUAAAUAAAAAGUGAUAGUGAUAAUUGAUAAUCAAAACAGCAUAGAAUAAAUUAUUUUAUUGGUUUCAUAAUAAUAGUAAUAAAAAUAUUUAAAAAAUUUAACAUUAAAAUAGUGAGCAAGUGACAACCUUUGCUGAAGAAACAAUUGUGACCGAUGAACUAAAGUGAUAAAAAUAAAUCAUGAAAAAUUUCGGCAUGAAGCCAAAUCGACUCAAGUGAAAUAUAUACCAGGUCACUUGAUAAGAAGAUUCAAAUAAUAUCUCCUUCACGUUAACAAGAAAAACCAAAAAUAAAAAAUUAUGAUUGAUUCUUUUCAUUAAAAUUAAAUCCGAUGGUUGUCAUUGAAAUACUCCGUUAAUAUAAUCACAAAAAAAAAAAUUUUUAUUGAAAAAAUCAUUCAGUUUUUUUUAACAGCCCUUCACCUGUCAAUCUUUCGUAAACUCAUCAGGCACCGGUGGCUUCAAUAAAUGCAUGAAAACUGUUUUAAAAGCUUGAUCGCACGUGAUCAUACAUAUUCAAAGGGCGUGUAUAUUUCUGAAAGAAAAAAUUGAUUUUCUUUCAUAUAGUACGUGUAUGGUUCUUUAUUCUAGAUGAAUACUUAUUUUCAUAACCAUCUUUCCAGUGAUCGCUGUAGCACACGACAAUUAAAAAAUAUAAUAAUCCGUUAGAAGUUUUUUUUCCUCUUUGAGUUUUUUCUGUCAGUUGGAAAUUUAUUCAUUUAUUUUUUAACUUACGUUUUUAUUCAUCGAAUAUAUAUAUAUAUAUAUAAAUACAUAUACGUAUGCAUAUUUAUUUAGGUACACUGUCUAUUUAAUAUAAAUUAGUAUAAACAUUUUAGUAGACAGUAUAAAACAAUAUCAUAAAUUGACAAGGGUAGGAGAGUGGUGCGUUAGGGGUAUUCGGGGUGGACAAGUAUAAUCUAAUCGGGUUCAACGUCAAAUGAAUGUGUUUGCCUCGGACAUUCGUGAUAGUGAUAGUGAAAUCGAGAGACGGCAGACGUACUCGAUUUAAAUACAUAAAUGUGCGAGAGGUAUCCACAAUGGUGGCCCGGCUCCCGCAACAAGUUCUUCUGUUUCUCGUACUUGUUACUACAGUCACUUCGGGAAGCACUGAUAAAAAACAAGAGCCGGAAAGGAGUAUCAUGGUUACUAAAGGGAAGACAAAGUCAUUGGACAAGGAAACGAGCAUCUCAUCGUGGCAGAACUUACUAGAGAGUGUUAUAUCAACCCCAAGAGAGUUUUAUCCUACUCAACGUCCAGAAGUGUCAGAUUCCAAUAUCCUAUCACAGAAGAUGGUAUCCUUCGUUCAUAUCAAUGCAUUGAACGACAUAACUGAAAAGACUUCAUAUAUCACUCAUAACCACAAGAUGGAAAAGGUUAUUGAUCUGUCAGAGCAUAGAGUAAAUAAAAAAAUUUAUAAAACUGAUUCCGAGUUCGUUGGUACAACCAUUUUCCCAUUUACUAAAGGGAGUUUGGUGAAUCGAAUUUCAUUCCAAUCAGUUCCUAGCCAAUUGGCCACUCCGGAAAGAAAGGAAGCUCGUUUAACGAGACUCAGUGGUUUCCGUGCGACCACCGAAUCGUCAGCGGGGAUCGAGGAGAAAGCAAUGGGAAAAUUUUCGCAAGGAAAUUCUGUAGGAAUCGAGAAGUAUGGAGGAAACGUACUACGGACUCUCGAUGCAACCACGGAAACCACUGAAGUAAACUCGAUCUCAUUCGGUUCAAGAAUUCAAAUGAAUUUAGCCCUCACGGUUGCGGGAAUUGACGACGAGACACCACAAAUCUUUCAAAAUCACUCACAAACAGAAAACAAUAUUGAAAUACUUUCCCACGCAACUGAUCUUUAUUCAACCAUCCCUCCAUUACAAUUUCAAUCAGGACGAGUCGUAAACCAGGUGAAACUUGUUUCCACUUCUGUAACUACUAAAUCCACUGUUAAAGAAAACAUAAAGAAAGAGCAUCAGUGGCUUUCAACCCAGCCGAACAUUUCUCUUGAGGUUGCCCAGACUAGUGAAUCAACCUUAUCGACCACAGCUGUAAGUUUACCACGACGUUAUAUGCGAGAUAUAUCAGAUAGCUCUUGUGACAAAUUUAAAAUUGGUGAUGAAGCUAAACAAGAAUUCUACAGUCCCAACUAUCCACACAAUUAUCCACCGCUUCAAGAUUGUGUGCGAAUUCUCGAGGCGGAUAAAGGGAUGCUCAUCAAACUUGAUUUCCGAGAUUAUUUUGAGCUUGAGGCACCAAUGACUACUAGCGAUAAAGAUCCAGAGUGCGCAUUUGAUUACUUCGAGGUGCGUGAUGGAUUCUAUGGCUUUUCUACUCCUAUUGGCAACUUCUGUGAUAAAAAUUUUCCUCCUGAAAUUACAUCCAGGACAAGGUAUCUCUGGUUACGUUUUCAUAGCGAUGAUACGAUUGAAUACAAAGGCUUCAAAGCAAUUUGGAGUCAAGUACCAAGGCCAACUUAUCCGGGAGUACCGCCCGAACCAGAACCUUGCAUCAAAUAUGUGACUGAAGAAGCUGAAGCAUUAAUUAACAACACUGCUAUUGAAGAAGAAAAAAAAAUAGCGAUAAAAAAUAAUGUACCACUGGAUUGUUUAUGGGUUAUUAGAGCGAAAGAAAAAUGGCGAAUGCAACUAACAUUUGAAUCUUUUAAAUUGGACAAACCAAACGAUUGCGAUGCCAAUUUCCUCUCUGUUUUUGACAAGGAAACAGAGAUGAAUGCAUUAGUGAAAAAUUUUUGUGGCAGUAUAGCUGAAACUGUUAACACAAAAUCCAACAUCAUGUAUAUCAGAUUCUACUUAGAAAUCAAAGCGAUCAACAGCAGUUUCAGAUCACUAAUGACUGCCAUCAGAGAUAAGGAACCCAAUGUUCAAUCAUGCAAAGAGGAUGAAUAUGAUUGUGACGACGCUACGUGCAUCGCUGGAUUUUUACGAUGCAAUGGCCGUGAAAAUUGUCGCCUCAAAUGGGAUGAAGACCAAUCUAUUUGUUUGCCAAGUCAAGGUGCAAUAAAUCUAGAAUCUACUCGAAUAAUAAUAAUACUUGUGAUAUUUUCGUUAAUUAUGUUCGCAAUGUGUUUUUCAUUCAUAUUCAACUGUGUCCAUAAACUCGUACGGGAUCAUCGAAUAAUAAAAGAGCAUAUUCGAAUGUCACGGGAGAAUCGUUUAGAUGAAAUAGGUCGUAAAGCAACUCCAUGCCCAUUGUCACAGUCUCAAACCGAUAUUCAUCAAUGUGAUAGUGAAUCUCCAAGUUUAGAGUUAGAAACAAGUAAAGAUCUAGUACCAGGUGCAACAUUGAUAGCACAUGAGUAUACUAAAGAACUUGUUUUAGAAAUGAACUACGGUGCAAGAGAGAUAAAUGAUAUUCAUCAAAGUAACAACGUUAGUAAUGCUACACAAGAACGUUUACAAGAGUCUAACGACGAACCAGAAAUGUGCGAUAGUUCUUGUCAAACACGUGAAAGCCUUUUUGAUCCCCGUAUAUCGAUUCCAAGAGUAUCAUCUCCGGCUUUCUCAACAUUUGGAUACCGUAGUGUUGGUAGUUCACAAAACGGAGUAGGUACAUCUACACGAAAAGCUUCCCAAGAUCAGAUGUCUCCGCAAAGCCCGAAACAAAGUAUCACUAGUACUGUAAGAACACGUCCCCCAUCUGAGUCAUGUUCUAUUUGUAAUUCAGAUGUACGUGGUCACGUUAGUAAUGACAUUAUUUGUUCAAAUCACACUACAAUACCUGCACCACCAGGAUGGUCAGUCCAUGAACCAAAUUACUUACCUCUCAAUUCGAUGGAUGUUGGUACUGAUUCUGACUACCCAAGUUACCACAGAUAUCAAAGUCCUAAACCAGAACGAAUACCACCAGGUUUCAAAGAAUCAAUGCUUAGUAGACAAGCUACGAUAGGUUCUGGCGAAAGAUACGGAAGCUUAUAUGGUUCUGGUCGAGGUUCUAGUAACACUCACAGUAAUCCAAAUAGUUCACAAAAUUCAAAUGCUUCAAAAUGCCCGCAUUCUGAUCCGCGGUAUCGUGCAGAAGCGAUAAUCGAGGUAGACCAAAAGAGGCCUUUUAGUAUAGAAAGUACCAAGAGCGCACCGGAUGUCAUUGCAACUCACUGACGGCGGGAAGCUGGGGAUUGGGAGCCGUACAAGAGACGCCAUCCCCGUAUGACAUCUCAGAGUACCCUACUAUCAUACAAUAACUCUGGUCAAGUACCCCUUGUAAAUGUCGGCACACAGAGUUCAUUAGAUGAUGACACUUGUUUCAUAUCUCCUUUGCAGCAGUUGAUGACUUCCUGAUCCACGUAUACUACCGCGUUACCCCGAACGAAUCAAAGACUUGUUAAUAAUACGUUGGAACCUGCUGAUGGUCAAAUAAUAUUAAAACCACCAGAACAAUUUCAAUCACCAGUAAAUAGUUGCCGUAAUUUUGGAUGUAAUAAUAGACGUCAUUAUCAUUUAAAUAAUUUGCGUGCUACGAUGCCUUGUUGCCUUCUCAAACGUUGCUCUCAGGAUACGUUUUAUCGUACUUGGCCUAGUAGAAUAAUAAAACAGACAAUACCAAAAAAAAAAACUAUAGCGACCCAUAGUUCACCGGGAAUCAAUGGUGAUGGAUCAACAGGAAUCGAUCGAUUAGUUUGGUUUACCGGUUCGACUGGGAGUAGAUCAUUCAAUAGAGAGAUUGGUGUGUCAAUACCCUUCUAAAGAGGAUUUUACUGCCAGGAGUAUUCGCUGCCGGCAGAAUUUCCAACGUAAUCAUUCAAGCUUUGUUACCUUUUGAGGGUUGCAAAGACGGAACGCGGAUAAUUGAAGACUCAGGAGAAUCGAUUUUCGAUCAAAUGCAAAAACUCUGCGUACAGAUGAGUUAACUUUAUCGUUUAACUUUUACUUUUAUUUUAUUUUUUGUUUUUUCUCUUUACAUUGCUCCUUUUACAUCAAAUCGUCACUGCCAGAUAUUUUUUAAUUUUGAGUAUUCUACAGUAAAAAAUGAAUUUUCAUUUAAUUUGAUUUACAAUCAUAUAUAAUAUAUAUUUAAUAAUAUAUUUAUAUAAGAUUGUGUAGACACAUACAUAUCGUUGCCCCGGAGGCAGAACUUUAUAAAUUAUAAGUUUUUAAGAUGUUCUUUUUUUCGUAGAUAAUAAAAAAAAUAUCACGAUGAGUAACGUGAUAAUUUUCAUAGCACAAAAAAAAAAAAUAACAAUAGGGAAGAGUGGAGUCAAUUGAACCAAAAAUACUUCAACAUUUUUUUUUUAGAUGAAUAAAAUCAAAAUGAUAACUUUUUUUUU